CCAACCAACAUGGCAGCCCCAAAAAAUGUGAAAAUCGAGUUUAGUGGUGGAGCAGAACUUUUAUUUGACAAAAUCAAGGUCCAUGAUGUUGCCCUUCCAUUGGUUGCUGAUGGAGCCUGGAACAUAAGGAAGCUCUUGGUAUGGAUGAAGGAAAACAUGCUGAAAGAAAGACCAGAGUUGUUUAUACAAGGAGACUCAGUGAGACCAGGUAUCCUUGUCCUUGUGAAUGAUGCUGACUGGGAGCUCCUGGGGGAACUUGACUAUGAGCUUCAAGACAAGGACCGGAUAGUCUUCAUAUCGACGCUGCAUGGAGGCUGACACACAAAUUCUGUAAGGACUCAAAAGACAAUUUCAGCAUGCAAAAACACAGCUAACAAUCCAGAACAGUGGGUGUUUGACUUGUUCUCUCUCGUGUGUUCAGGACGACACUUGUGGACGGGGCAUUUGCAAUAAUUUAUGCAUGAAUAUGACACUUCAUCACGUCCCCGUUCAAGGCUUACCAGCAGGUGCACCUCCUUUAUGAAAAGACUACACAGAAUUCCGUUUUAAAGGAGUACAAAAGGCUGGAGCGAGGGGAUUGGUACUCUUCAGGUUACUAAAUAGCUAGGUUAGGAGAUAAAUAUUCCUCAUACAAUACACCAAUAGUUUCACUGCACUGAGGGACAGUAGAGACACCGCUUGACAACAUUUGGUAACUUCAAAUACCCGACCUACCUGCCUUCUGCCUGUAGUCUCCCUUUAAUGUAUCGAUCUGAAUUUUCCUGCAGAAAAGAACUUACUGGAGUAGAGUUCCUUUUGGCCAAACAAAGCUAUGUUGCUUAAUCGUAUUAACAGAGUAGAAACAAAAAUUCAAAUGCUAUUGAUAAUCUUGUUUUUGCUAUCAAUAAAAUCUAGAACAACAGUACAUGUAUCUUACUUUCUGACCAAUUGUCUUUGACGACUAGUAUUCGAACAAUUAAGCCUCAUGCAAACAAUUGAAUUAAAUCACUGCUAUACCUGUGACAUAAAUUGCAUUGUUGUUACUG